UCCAUGUGUGGAGGAGGCGUUUCCAACAGGCUGAUUUUAUCCCUCCGUAAGGGUUCAUACCGGAUACGUUCAACUGUGAAGAAAAACAGGGGUCACAGAAAGCACUGCAUCAUUCAUCUGUGAACUCCAGCCAACACAAGGCUCUUAGGUCAUGCUUUCCGCGGUUUUAGUGGUUUUGUUCUCUGCCUUAAAGGGUCCAGACUGGAGCUGGGGGCAGCAGAAACAUUUCUGUUCACAUCACAAGGGGCGGAGCAUUUUUGCAGAAUGAAUCAGUCCCCCAAUGAUGGGGCGCGCACGUGUCCCGAUCCGUUCAGACGGCUCGGCUCGGACACCUGAUUCUGGGAAACGCAGUUCAAACUGCCACGGGUCUCACACACUACAGAAGAAUAUUCGGCGGUGUUUGGAAGAAGUCGUGCGUGAUGAGAAGUGGAGUUGGAAGACACGGGAGCAUUGCUGUCAGAGCGAGCCGGUCCCCUCUCCGGGGAGGAAGAAAAGGAGGAAUCUGCCCUGCAGAUGGAGUGACUGCAAUCCAGCAUAGGCCUUAAAAGGACACAUUUCAGUGAAAAAGGGCUACUGCCAAAAGAAAACUCGAUGACAUCCAAAAAUGGCCACAACUCGCAUUGUUGUUCAUGCUGAAACCAUAUCAAAGCCACGGUCAGGCUUUAGAAGCAACAGAGCCAUCGUCUUGCUUUAGAACUGCCCCAAAACUGCCCCAGAGCCACAGUCCUGCUCUAGAACUUACCCCCAGAACCAUGGUCCAGCUUUAUAAUGGACCCAAGACAGCCCCAGAACCAAGGUCCAGCUUAAGCGCUGCUGCAGGCAGCUGUAGGAACCAAAGGAGAACCUCAGACUGGCAGCUUCCUCAGGUUUGAGGUUCUGUCGGGCCCUUCGACUGCAUUUUAGCCUUCUUAGUGAAGCUCAAAUCUUCCAGGCACAGCGCUCGGUGGCCUGCGUGUUAGCCGCCGCUACGUAGUGCGGCGUUAGCCUGGAACGGCAUCAGUAGGUGAGCUCUCCCCACGGUCUCCGGCUCGUCCUUAUGAGUCAGGACCAGCGCCCCUGCGGAGCUCGGUCCGGCUGAGCGAGCGGGGCGGGAUGAGUCCGGCCGGUCUGGGCCGGGUGGUGCUGACCUGCGUGAUCUGGGCGGUGGCGCCCCUCCUCCUGCGGUCCGAGUUUGAGCUGGCGCACGUGAGCGAGCAGGGCCUCCGCAUGUGCUCGUGCGCGGGCGUCCCGGCGCCCUGCGCCGCCAUCGACGGCAGCCAGUGCAACUGCACGCGUCGCCACGGCGACGGCCUGCUGCAGGCCGCGCGCCUCACCGUGUGGUACAGCUCCCCGCUCCACGCCGCGCUCCUGCUCAACAACUCCCAGGUGCGCCACCUGUCCCUGGUGCGCUGCCGGGCGGCGGGCGGCGGAGGGGCCCCCCACCCGUACUUCUCCGUGCAGCGACUGGAGAGGCUGACCGUGUCCUCCUGGCAGGCGGAUAGGGGCCACAGCGUGGAGCUGGGGGCCCACCUGGGGCCCCACGGGCAGGAGGCGCGCCUGGCCAUCAUCCACACCUCCGUGCUCACGGGGAAGGCCGCCAUGAAAGCCUACACGGUGCGGGCCAAGGUGGACGCCAACGGGGCCCUGCCGUUCCCCGACAUGCGCAUGACUCCGGCCGGGCUGCCUGCCACCGCCGUGGUGUUGGUCACCUUCCUGUACUGAGACCCCUCCGCUCCGGACCCAACCACGCGUCUUAGACCCGGACAGGGCUGCAAGGACGCGUCAAGAACUACCGUCAGCCUGACAACAAGACUGACUGUAACUUUGGAGGUUUUUCGCCUUAACGUUUCGCCAGUUCUGGGUUGUAAUAUAUCUUAUUCAAUUUCACUUUGAAUUAUGGGCCAUUUCCAGUAAUCAGCAAUCGGCUAUUAGCACUUAUUCUUUAAUAAGAGUAUGCACACUGGUGUAAUUUUGCUUGGUACAACACUGCACAUGGCAAUGUGAUUUUAUGUUACAAUAUACUGUAAAGAAAAAAAAAACGAAUUGCGCAUUCAAUACAAGAAUCUCACGGUUAAAAAAGUGGAUGUUUUGAUUUGUUACAUUUUUCUUGGACCUGAGAAAGACUGUUUAUCAAAAGAGGAAGAAGGAAUUACACUGUACACGAAUAGAGGAAACAGGAUUGACUGACUGUGUCACAAUUAACCACUUCCCAAUGACUGACAGUGCAUCACUGCCUUUCUCAGAAUGUAAGAUGACUUACUGUGGAUCACCAGUAACCACAUUCUUAUGCAACCCCUGGCCUAUCGCAGAAUGUUAAGUGACUGGACGUGUAUCACUCAUAGCCACAUUCUAAUGUGACCUCUCAGACUCUGGUACAGCCUGUAGCGUAGUGGUUAAGGUAAAUGACUGGGAGACACAAGGUCGGCGGUUCUAAUCCCGGUGUAGCCACAAUAAGAUCCGCACAGCUGUUGGGCCCUUGAGCAAGGCCCUUAACCCUGCAUUGCUCCAGGGGAGGAUUGUCUCCUGCUUAGUCUAAUCAACUGUACGUCACUCUGGAUAAGAGCGUCUGCCAAAUGCCAAUAAUGUAAUGUAAUGGUACCACCAGUAUACUGAAAAAAGUUAGUAUACUAGCCUAUCUUAUGUUUAGCCUGCAGGGGGCAGCAACAUUGCAGUUAACGUUUCUUAUGAGAUCAUCUCUUAUGCUCGGGGCAGUGGAUUGGCCCGGAAAAACACGCGUCCUCAGUGCUUCUGAGCAGAGCCCAAAGUUAAAAGUAACACGUUAUGUAUUCUUAUUCCUCCUUGAUUUAAUAACCAGAAAAACCUCACAGAGGGUCCAACAGGUCACUUGGUAUUUUGUUUGUAGUGAUCUCAAUACUGUUUCUCACUUAAAUUGAACUGCUUUACCUUUUUUAAGGACACAUGGUAUGAAAAUUCUGAUAUCAAUAACUUACAUUAUACCACACAUGCAAACGGCCGUCACCCUGUCUGUCUACAUUUGUGCGAGACGUAACUGAGCACAGAAUAAAAGAUAAUUUGUUUUUGUUUAAUUUUCCCCGUGUAGGUUGAUGUCUAGCCAUGAGCCUAGUGAGCUAGCGAGUUUCUGGCAUAGCUUUGUCAGGGGAUUUAAUUAAAAAGAAUAUUUUGAGCGCAAUAUUUUCACUUAUAUUACAGUGUCAGAAACCUGUGUCUCAUGUAAGAGUCACCAUUGACCAUUGGCCAUAAUCUUAUCAUCGAGUUGAUACAGAUAAGAUAUUAUUGAAUGAACCUAUUAUGAAAUAGUUUACUUACGCCAAGCAUACGAUGAGAAAGCAAAAGCUUUAUUGUAGAGCAAACUAUUGAACUAUUGAAAAACAGAGGUUGAAAUAAAAUGAUACAAUUGUAAA